GAUGAUGUACCCUCCUCGCCCAAGAGCGACGUCUCUGAAACCUCACCUUGUCUCCAUUAACACCCUCUCUUCUUGAAGGUUCUUUGGAAGGGAAAAAAAUGGGGAGGGGGAAGAUAGAGAUAAGAAGGAUUGAUAAUUCGACAAGCAGGCAAGUGACCUUCUCAAAGAGGAGGAGUGGGUUGUUGAAGAAAGCCAAGGAGCUGGCGAUCCUUUGCGACGCAGAAGUUGGAGUCAUGAUCUUCUCUAGCACCGGCAAGCUCUAUGAUUUCUCUAGCACCAGCAUGAAAUCAGUCAUUGAACGAUACAACAAAUCCAAAGAGGAGCAUCAUCAAAUGGGCAACCCAACCUCAGAACUCAAGUUCUGGCAAAGGGAGACGGCAAUGUUGAGACAGCAACUGCAAAACUUGCAAGAAAAUCAUCGGCAAAUGAUGGGUGAAGAACUUUCUGGCUUAAGCGUAAAGGAUUUGCAGAAUUUGGAGAACCAAUUGGAAAUGAGUCUCCGGGGUGUUCACAUGAAAAAGGACCAAAUUUUAAUGGAUGAAAUACUAGAACUAAAUAGAAAGGGAAACCUCAUUCACCAAGAAAAUAUGGAACUCUAUAAGAAGGCAAACCUAAUUUGUCAUGAAAAUCAAGAAUUGUAUAAGAAGGUUUAUGGAAACAGAGAAGUAAAUGGAGCAAACAGGAAUUCCCUUCUCACAAAUGGUCUGGGCAUGGGAGAGGAAUCACAUGUACCUGUCCAUCUCCAGCUUAGCCAGCCACAACAACAAAACUAUGAUACACCAGCAAGAGCUACAAAGUUGGGCAGACUACAACUGCAUUAGCGAAGAAGUUGCAUGAUGCAUUGUCACCAAGAAUGGGUAUUAUGUCAUUUUAAUGGCCCAUAAAUAACAAGACCAUGCUUCUAUUAUUGCACAGUGGUAUGCGAGCCAAUAACCAUUAAGAGCAUACUUUGGUUAGACAUGACCAAUGGAAAACACUUCAGCACUGUGUGAUGAUCAAGACAGCUACUUGUGUAAAAAAUGAGAUAACUGUAAUAAAAAGAAGUGACAUUGCACUGCGUUUUUAACACAUUUUUUAAAAUGACAUUAAUGUUCAAAAAUGGAUGGAAUUAGAAGUCAUGCAUACUACCAUAAGCAAUUUUAUUUAGGAUGUCAUUUGAUGGGACUCACAACGUAUCGAUAUCACCAGGCAGGUACUUCAGGAAAAUAGUAAUUUGCUGACAGGGAAGCAAAUUUAACAAGAUACUUCAGAAAUAUGUUGGGACAUAUACUGCAUGCUAACUUUCAUUUCAACCAAGUUUAAAUUUAAAAAAAUCAUAAUGCAGUGGCAUAAUAGUCUACCUUGUCCAUCUCUUAGGAACAAUUGCAAUCAUAGAACAACUCACUUUCUAUGAAAUAAAAAGUUUCCGGACAACAACACAAGGCACUCAAAGACAAAAAUACCCUUUGUUGGUCAAAGUUACAGAGGAGAAGAUGAAAAGAACAUGUCAACAACCACUUAGUUACAGGAAGGAGAGGGUUGAGGGGCUCGAUAAUGUGCAUUUUUUAAUGUUAGAAGCAGUGCUAUUGCAAGUAAACUAGAUAAAACCUAGGAAGUUUCUAUGAACUGUUACUAGCAAAACUAAAUCAUGCCACGUGGAAUGUGGAAAAAAAUAUGUGCUGCUUGUUAUUCCUAAAGAAAACCUUUCUAUAUGAAUGAUACCAACUACAGUUCUGAUGCGAAAUUUGAAUGACAGAAAAUUCAGAAUGAAUCCAAAAUGCAAAAGCCCUCAGACGUGAUAGAAGAUGCACCUCAAUUAUAUGCCUUUUGGUCAUACAAAAUUCAUAUGGCUAAAGUGAAAGGAGAAGAAUUCUUUCAUCAAUAAAAACAUUAAGUUCCUGGUAAAAACUCAGAUGCCAAAUAUGAAAGAGCAGCUGGGGCCUGGCUAAUAUCAUCUCCUGUUCAAGGUUGGAUUCUGAUGCUGUCAGUUCAGUUUUGUAAGAAAGUUUAGCAGCACAGAAAACAGGUUUCCCUUCCAAAUGAAGCACAACUGAGCAGAACAUCAAAGUUUUGGAAUAAUUUGGAAAAUAAGAUUCCAGAAACAGGUUAGUGGUGGUUGUUAAGUCCCCUACAAACAGGUAUUAAAGAUUCAGGUUUGUUCUCAUCUAGGACUAAAAUGCAUAUAAGAAUAAGAGUAUAAGCUCUUGAUUUCUAGACCUCAAAUUCUAAAGGAUCAUUUUUUUUAUGAAUAUUCUUCGUUUGAAAAUAUUUCAGUGGUUCAUUUUCAAAAAGUCUGUGUUGAUGUUCUCCAAUAUUUUCCAUCCAACUAACAAAUAAUAGUCUAAAAUGGUUAUUUGGAAGGUUUACACAUAAUUCAUCCCUAAACAGUAAAAAGGGGAAAUGAAACAGAGACAUAAAGCUCGUUAAAGUUACAUUUGGCCAGAAAAUUGAGUUAAUUCCAAUAGGGAAAAUUUCUGAGAAAGAGUUGAACAAAAGUUGAAUCACUUUUUGAUAAAAAGUCAGGGAUUACCUGGUGGAGCAGGAGAUUUUUUGGCAUGGUCAUACAACUUCUCGCAAUUUACUGUACCAAAAUUAUAUUUUUUUAUGUAAGAACUUGGCAAGUUUUCAACAAGA